UGAAAACGAAAUGGAACAUUAAAUCUUGAAACGGAAUAAGUUACCACAAUGGAAGACGAGGAUGUGAGAGACGUUCUGCAGACAAUGCUGGCCAGUUGUAGGAGUCUGUCUCCUAAGCUGGCAGGGCUGAUCAGGCGAUUCAAGGCCGUGACGACCUUGCUACUGAUGAGAAGGGACUCUGCUUUAUCAGACCUUGACAAAUACACCAAGAUCCUAAGGAGCUGGGUGGAUGAUUUUGAUGAAAAAAUGAGAUCUGCAAUCCAGUUAGCUUUCUCAGAGAAAGCUGCAAUCGUUAGAGCAUACAGGGAAGAAGUGGAGGAGGAGUUGUCUACCCUUGGUGUUCUUUUAAGGGAGUCUGAAAAACUUCUCAUGGCAUCUCCAAGCUUUAAUGCCACCCAGAACAAACAUGGAAAAACUCUUGUCACUGCUCUAAAGAUGAUGAAAACAACAGGUCUUCUGGAAACCCGAGAUGUAGAUGAGAAUCUCUCCUGUUUAAAACUGUCCACUCAGUUUGAAUGUGAAAAUUUGCCAGCUUUAGGAGAAUUGAUCACAAAUUACUCACCUGAUAAAAUCAAACCAGAUGAGCUGGUUGGAAAUCUCUCAUCAAAUACCUCAACAACAGAAGUAAGAUCUUCAGAAAAUAAAAGUAUCAAAGAAAAAUGUGCUCUUACAUCAACGUCCACCCAAACAGAUUUUGUUAUGCCUGAAAAAGAAGGAAAUGUAGAGUCGAGCACCAUUCAAAGCAAGAAGAGCAGAUCAAAUGGGCCAAAGUCAUUUUUUGCACAAGAGAAUCAGAGGUUUAUCAUAAGUCAGCUAGAGAAAGGUGGAAUCAGCAAAAACAGAACAAGAAGUCCCUCUAAUUCUUCUGUAGAUUCUGUUGCCUCUGUUGAUAACAGUCAGGAUAAGUCACGAAGGAGACCAGUUGUCAGAUCUUCAUCUCUCAAAUCAGACCGCAACCAGUCAACUCAAAAGCUUACCUCAAAGAAAGAGGACUGGACCAGAGACAUUGCAAACAAAAAUUCAAAAGAUGAUAUCAAUGUAUGCACUAGAUCACCUGCCCAUGGAACUUCUUACAGAAAGAAUACAUACAGGAACAAAGAUUUGAAUGACAAUAUGCAAGCAAAUGACCAUUUGAAAACUAAGGAAGGUUUCCACAAUCCAAGAACUAUGAACUUGCCACCUGAAGGAUCACAGUUGUGUAAAGAGGUAGAAAAGAUGCCAAAAGGCGACAAAAUUGGAACAAGUAAUGAUAAAGAUUCCUCAAAUCCAAAACAAACCCCACCUACUAAAAGUGCUUCAGAAGGCAUUCAUAGUUCAAGUAAUGGUGAAGUUAAUCAAAAUGUCACAGAAAACAAAUCUUACUCAGGUCAACAGUCUAACUUGACCAGGCCAAAAGAAAAUGAUACCCAGAAAUCAGAGUCGGCAAAGCAAACUCCCACAGACAAGAAGGUCUUCUCUAAUCUAAACACUACCAACACUCCUGCUCCAACUGGAAAUGUUACAGUAAAAUCUGAACCUAUCACACCAACUGAGGUGAAAAUCAAACAAGAACCAAUUACUCCUACUGAUCUUAACAAUAAUCAGUCUGUGUUUAAUGUCCAACAGAGAAUUCCAGGACCUUUGAUUAAAAAAAGGCCCUCUGUGUCGGAAACAGAGACCUGGGAAUGCGAUGAAGAGAUCAGAGGAAAGAUUGCAGAAAAGAAUAGCACAAAAGAAGAUGUAAUGUCAGACAGAAUUCAACCACAAGAAAAUCAAACAGAAAAAAUGUCCCCCCAGAAAGAUGUGAACUGUAAUGUGAUGGAAACUGAACCAGUGCCACCUCCCCCAGUUCAACCACCUUCACUGUUAACUACAAGUACUCCCCCUCAAUCUGAAACAGAUGCUCCUUCUCAAUCUGGAACAGAUGCUCCCCCUCCAUCUUACACAAGUGCUCCUAUUCCAUCUGACACAGGUGCUCCUAUUCCAUCUGACACAGGUGCUCCCCCUUUGCCUCCCAAUGAACCAAACUCCACAGAGAAAUUGGAAUCAAAUAACAAUGAAGUACCAGUAUCAAACAGUACUGACAAAGAUGUAGUAAAUGGAAAUCAAAAUGUUCUCACUUCUAGGAGUGUAGAAAAUAAAUUAGACUGCAGUGUCUCCGAUAUCCCACUUCCCAAAACUCCAGAGGUACCGAAGAAAAGUUCCACUCGAUUUGUGAACUACAAAGAUAGUGUCAUUACACAGCAUAUCAGGGAAGAGCUAAAUAAAGGAAAAAGAGUUUCUUUUUCUCCCAUUCCUGCAAAGCUUCUGUUUAAAUGUGGUACUGGACACAACAUGAAAUUUCCUAUAGGUGUAACUACGAAUAGCAUUGGAGAAAUCUUUGUAGCUGAUACAGGCAAUAAUACUAUAAAGGUGUACAGUAAGGAGGGAAAACCUGUACGAGAAAUUGGGAAAUCAACACAGGUUAAAAUGAAAAGACCCUCAGCAAUCGUGGUAAACUCCAAAGACGAGGUGUUUGUUAAAGAUGACAUCGCUGUAUUUGCUUUCAAGGCUGACGGAAAGUUCAUGAAAGCUUUAGGAGCGAAUGCACUUGGUUGCCCAUUUGGUUUGGAUUUAACCCCAGAUGGACAGUUGGUGACUUUGGAUACACAGUGGAACAACCCAAGAAUUAUAGUCUUGGCCGCGGAUGGAAGUUCACGGAAUGCAUUUCCUUUUCUACCGCUUCUUCAUCCCAAGACACCACCAACCUCCAAAUGUCGGUUUCUGGCAAUAAACAAGGAGAGGCUGAUUGUCAGUGACCUAGGUUGCAACUGUGUGUACAUAACAGAUAAUUGUGGAGAGGUAUUGUUUAAGUUUGGGGAGUAUGGAGUGCAUAGUGGGCAAUUCAAGGAACCCUCUGGUGUAACAACAGAUCAGCAGGGGCACAUGCUUAUAGGGGACAGCAAAAACAACAGAAUCCAGAUUUUCAAACCCAAUGGAUCUUUCCUCUGUGACAUCAGAUUUGAUGAGCCGAUACAAAGACCUUCAGACAUACACCUAACAAAGGAUGGAAAACUCUACGUAACCAACUUCCUACAGCAUCAAGUGUUUGUCUUCCAGCUGGGACAGAAAUAAAGGGGUCACAGAGAUUGAACAGUGGAGAGAGCAUGUUUAAAAGUGUUAUCAGUGAAACGUUAAAUAAUGUCAAGUGUAGAUUGAUAGGGUGAUAACAGCAAAUUGAAGAGAGGACACUUCCUUGACAUUUGAUAAUUUUAUCUCUGAAUGGUCACCCAGUCUAACUAAUGACUGAUUAUUGAAUGGGCCUCAUCAACUGGUAAUAAAAUCAACCACAGUUUCAUGGGUUAAUUUAGAAAAAGAUUUUGAGUCCAACACCAUCCAGUAUAAAGAACUAAGAUGUCAAAUUAUAAAAUCAGAAAUUUUCUCGAUAUUGUGUCAUAUUUAACUAGAUUGCAUUAAUUUUGGAUUUGUGAAUUGCAGUAACUGAAGUCUUUUGAAAUCAAGUAUGGUGACUAUAAGAGUGUCAGAAUUUAUUUUCAUCCCUCAGUCAUCUUCAUUUGUUCUGCUGAACCUCUUGAACAUAAAAAGCACCAAUGUUUUGGCCAAGGAGGGGAGUAUGGGUUGAAAAUAUACUAUAGAUUUCUUUUUCUUUUUUGAAAGAUAAUUGAUUUUAUGUAUUUGUUGGGCAUUUUUGUACAGAGUAUCUAGUCCAUGAUUUUGAAGACUGUUAUUUUCAGAGAUGUUAGGGUUUUUUUUCUUGUCAAAACCAUGCAUCUGCAUUUGAGAGCUGUGCUCCCAAGUUCUCGUGUUUUUUCUUUAUUUCCUUAUUUCAUUCUGUUUUGGGAUUUAAAAAGAAAUGUUUAAAUUUUGAAUUAGAGGACAAGAUGUUAAUAAACUUUAACCUUCC